AUGGAGAGUGAGUGCCGGUGCAAAGGUGCCAAUAAGGACUUCCCUGCUGGAAGCGUCAUGAGAAAGUUCGAAAAAGCCACUUUCCCAAUCGCAGGGCGUCUCUAUCGCUUGAAGAAAAUCCUCUGGGAGCGUUACAAUAGCGAUUACCAUCAGCGCAGGGCCAUGUUCGAAGCAGAGGAAUGCGAGACCAAGGAUUCUGUCGUCGUCAAGUUCUUCCUGGAGGCAGACCCAUUCAUGAGAGAAGAAGAGAGAGGCAAGCGAACUAUGAAAAACAAUGCCGCUGAGCUUUUCCGCAACGAAUGCGAGAUCUGGAGAACCUUGUCAGACACCGGCUAUACUCCCAAGUACUACGGCAAGAGGGAGAUGCAUCAGGACUUGACUUUUGAGAACCCCGGCGGAUACCUGUGGAUACUGGUUCUGGAACACUUUCCGACCUUCAGUCUGGCCGACGCGCCUCAAUUCCUGAAUGCUGAUGAGCUUCCGCGCAUCGAGAAACAGUUGCUUGAUAUGGCUGUGUAUGCCACGGACAUUGAAUACUUCAGGGAGACAGAGGUUCGCGAUGACCCCGUAGCGGCAAAGAAAUCAGCAGCGGAUUGGGUCAUUGUCGUGAUGGGUGCCCUCAGAGCUGGUGUAGAAGAGAUCAGAGGUCUUUCGCCGAUGGACGAAUAUAUCGACCUUGGGGAUAUUGGGCACUUUGCGAGUGACGGUGACUGAAACUAGGAGCAUGAAGAUUGGAUCUUUGGAGGAUAUGAUUAGGUUGGAAGCAUAGAACUGUUGGAUUGGAGGGUGGAUGUCAUCUUGCAUGAGUCGAGGGUUUAAUAGGAAAGUGUUAGAAUUCUCGAUCCGGAAACUGUCAGCAUAAUUAAUUCGACAUGCUCUCCUGCUUCUCCUUGUCCGUUCAAAGUCUGCGGAUGCAUGACUGGCUAUGAUGAACACUACAGAUCGUUUGCAUACGCUUCUCAGCGCUCAGAACCACAUUUUCCUCUACAAGCCUCAUGCAAACUUGUCAUCCGGCCGUAAUCAAAUGCUCAGUUGAGUCACGGUCGUGCAGUUCGCCGAGCCCAACAGGGUCAUCAGAAGACAGACUACCGUAAGGGUCUGGGUUCAUUGAAAUUUCCUGACUUGAACUCUGGGAUGGAUAGUCUGGAGUUUAUACCAAUACUCUGCGACAUCCCGGCUCGUUGGCAACAGACUAUUUCAGC